AUGUCGUCCGAACUCGCUACCACAUACGCCGCCUUGAUCCUUGCCGACGAGGGUAUCGAGAUCUCUGUGCGUUCACAACGCGUCGCAUCGUGUCUAAUCACCGUACCAGCACUGAGCAUGUAACCCUUGCCUAUCGAUCGUCACAGUCUGAGAAGAUCAUCGCUCUUACCACCGCCGCCAAGGUUGAGGUCGAGCCUAUCUGGGCCAACCUUCUCGCCAAGGUCGGUCUCUCCCUUGAUCCCUACGAAGGAAGAGAACCCCACGCUGACCCGCCAUGUCCUUCCUACAGGCCCUCGAGGGCAAGGACGUUAAGGACUUGUUGUCGAACGUUGGUGGUGGAGGGGCCGCCGCUCCCGCCGCCGCCGCCGGUGGAGCCGCUCCCGCUGCCGCUGCCGCCGCCGAGCCCGAGAAGCCCAAGGAGGAGGAGAAGGAGGAGUCCGAUGACGAUAUGGGCUUCGGAUUGUUCGAUUAA